AGGAGCUGGGUCUCAGCUAAAGCUGGGGGUCGUCACGGCGAGUCUGGGGGCUUGCUUUAUGCACAUCCCCAACCUCACUGGGGUUUCUGUUUUCUUAUUCCCCAUGAGGCUGGGAGGGGGGGGAAAAAAGAGUGCCCUGGACCCUCCUGGCCUCCUCUCCACCGUCUUCUGGAUGGUAGCUGAAAUUGUCAAGAAUCUGUGCAUCCUGUUCCAAUGAAAGAGGCUUGAAACGAUCCCCCAGGCUAUCAAGAUGGAUUACAGUUCUUACAGCGGCGUGCCGAGGUUCUUGACCAGGCCCAAAGCCUUUGUGGUCUCUAUGGGCAAAGAUGCCACCUUGAGCUGCCAGAUCAUUGGCAACCCCAUCCCGUUGGUCAGUUGGGAGAAGGACAAACUCCCCCUCCAGAUGGGAGGACGCUUCAAGAUGGUGGAAGAUGACGACCUUUAUCGUCUCACGAUCUACAACUUGAGCUUGGAGGACAGUGGUCAGUACAUCUGCCGAGCCAAGAACACGAUUGGGGAAGCCUUCGCUGCUGUCAGCAUAAAAGUCGGUGAGCAGACCACUGUGACGGAAUCGGCCCCGUACUUCAUCCAGAAGCCCACAUCCAUCCGAGUGAUCAUGGGUGAAGAUGCAAUGUUCAAGUGCAUCGUCCAAGGUAGUCCUCCCCUCGCCAUCAACUGGGAGAAGGAUGGGAAACACCUCGGCAAAUCGUACGAUUCCAACCGGAUUCGGAUCGAAUCCCAGGGCGAGAAGAACGCUCUGAAGAUCCAAAGUACUCGUUUGGGAGACAGCGGGACCUACACUUGCCAUGCAGAGAAUCCUUUAGGAUCCUCCAGCGCAGCUGCAGCAUUGAUGGUGGAUCUUCCAGAUUCGUACAGCCCAGGCAGCACGAGACACAGCAUAGAUGAUAUCGGUAGCAAGACUUCUCCAUUGUUGUCCCACAUGCAGAAAAGACGAGAAGAAAUCCGGAAGAGUGAUUUGUCCAGUGUAGACUCCUUGAUAUCCACCGAAGGACGGUCCAAACUCGGAUUGAGCUUGUCCUUGGAUUACGAACGGGCUGCUAGCUUGACCUCCAAGGGAUUCCGUGGCGAUGGAGGCUCAUAUUAUCGGGUCACUACCCGGAGUUUCACUGUCACUGAGGGCAAGCAUGCCAAAAUGAGUUGCUAUGUGACCGGAGAACCCAAACCGGAGACAGUUUGGAAGAAGGAUGGUGAGGUGAUCCUUGAGAGCCGGAGACAUAUCAUUUAUGAGGAUGAGCAGGAGAAUUUUGUCUUGAAGAUCCUCUUUUGCAAGCAGGUCGAUAAUGGCCUCUAUACCUGCACGGCUUCAAACUUGGCAGGACAGACCUACAGUUCUGUGUUGGUGACCGUCAAAGAACCGAAAAUACCUUUCAAGACAAAACUCCAAGACUUGGAAGUUCGGGAAAAAGAAUCCGCGAUCUUCUUGUGUGAAGUGCCCCGUUCUGAUGUGGAGACCACUUGGUUCAAAGAGGAAACCAGACUUCAACAGAAUGACAAGUACAAGAUCGAAGAAGAUGGGACAUGUCGUAAGCUCACGGUCCAAAACGUCACCAUGGACGACGAUGCUGUCUACAUUUGCGAGAUGAAGGAAGGCAGCAGGACCAUUGCUGAAUUGAGCGUUCAAGGCAACAUUAUCAAGAAACUGCCAAGGAAGACGGCUGUCAGUAUAAAAGACACCGCAGUGUUCUGUGUGGAACUGGAACAAAAGUGCGAGAAGUUCCGAUGGUUGAAGAAUAAGGAAGAGUUAAAACCUAGUGGUCGCAUCUCAAUCUCCUCAGCAGACAGAGAAUAUACCAUGAUCAUCCGGGAUUGUCAGAUAGAAGAUGGAGGAGAAAUUGUCUUUGUGGCUGAUGAAUGUAGAACAUCUACACAGUUUACUGUCUCUGCUCCGAAGAAGCCCCCAUCACAUCCUCCAACUGACCCAGUGGUGAAAAAUAAAACAGAAACCUCAGUGACGUUAGCCUGGUCUCUUCGGAAGACAGACCGGCCUAUCCCAAUUGAUGGCUACCUUGUUGAACGUAAGAAACUGACUGAAUUCACAUGGCUGAGGUGCCACCAAGCUCUGGUGUCCCAAACUGAGUUUAUAGUCAACAACAUGACUGAACAGGCUGACUACCAGUUCCGAGUUUCGGCAGUCAAUAAGUAUGGCCAAAGUGAUUAUCUGGAAUUUCCUGGAGUCUGGCAUCUUGAACCUACCCUGGCGGUGAAAACCCCUCUGAGAAAUGUCGAAGUCGCACCAGGGAGAGAUGCAACCUUCACUGUGGACCUCACCACUCCUAGUCCCGGCUUGUGGUACAUCAACGGCAACCUCGUGCAGAACAGUGACAAAUACAUAAUUAUGAGAACCAAAGGAAGCCACAGUUUAACCAUUAAGCGGGUCACCAGUGCUUUCAAGGAGGCGGAGGUGAAAUUUGUAGCCAAGGAUAUUGAAAGCAUCGGAAGACUUACCUUGAAAGAUGAAGUGGCCAAGUUUGUUAACGACUCAGCCCCAGGGAUUUCGGUCAACCUUCACGAGAAGUUUGAGCUGGUCUGCGAGGUGUCCUCAGCCACUGAUGCGGUUCUGUGGAAAAAGGGGAAGAAGGACAUCAAGCCAGACCAAAGGGUGACAUUUUCCGUUCAGGGAAAACAGCGAAAACUUAUUGUCCAAAAUGCCAUCAAGGAAGACGAAGGGGUUUAUAUCUGCGAAUCAAAAGAUGACCGACUAACCUUCCAGGUGGAGGUUAAAGAGCCUGCAGAGGUCUUUUUCGGCAAGGAGAAAGUCCAGAAAGAAAUCAGAGCUAUUCUUUCCGAAAACGCCUUUCUUAGCUGCGAAGUAGCCCAGCCCGCGAUGGAAGUGAGAUGGUUCAAGGAUGGGAAACUCAUCACCCCUAGUAAGAAAUUUAAGAUUGAAACAGAAGGGAAAUCUCGCUGGCUGAUUAUCCGACAAGUUGACAGAAAGGACGGAGGUCAAUACACCUGCGAAGCAGAUGGCCAGAAACUGGCCUUCAAAGUGAUUGUAACAGAUAGAGAGAUUGAGGAGAUAUUUGUCAACCAGAAGAUGAUCCAGAAGGACAUCAAGAGUGUGGUUUCAGAGACCCUUUCUCUAAAGUGUGAGGUGGCCCAAGCUAAGACAGACGUCAGAUGGUUCAAAGAUGGGAAGUUGAUCACUGACACCAAGAAGUUCAAAGUAGAAGAACAAGGUGGAUCCCGUUGUUUGGUUGUUCAACAGGUGGAGAAGAAAGAUGCAGGUGAAUAUACCUGCGAAGCCGAUGGCCAGAAGCUCACCUUCAAGGUCACGGUGACAGAUGAAAAAGUUAAGGAAGUCUUUGUCAACAAGGAGAAGGUCCAGAAGGACAUCAAAGCUGUAGCUUCAGAAAAUAUCUCUCUCAGCUGUGAGGUGGCCCAGGCCAAGACAGAUGUCAAGUGGUUCAAGGAUGGAAAAUUGAUUACCUCCAACAAGAAAUUCAAGGUAGAAGCAGAAGACAGAUCCCAUCAUCUGGUUGUUCAACAGGUGGAGAAGAAAGAUGCAGGUGAAUACACCUGUGAAGCAGAUGGCCAGACGCUGAACUUCCAAGUAACCGUAACAGAUAAAGAAGUUGAGGAGAUGUUUGUCAACAAGGAGAAGGUCCAGAAGGAGAUCAAGGCCAUGGCUUCAGAGGACGUCUCUCUCAGCUGUGAGGUGGCCCAGGCCAAGACAGAUGUCAAAUGGUUCAAGGAUGGAAAAUUGAUCACCUCUAACAAGAAAUUCAAAUUGGUAGCAGAAGGCAGAUCCCGGCGUCUAGUGGUCCAACAGGUGGAGAAGAAAGAUGGAGGCGAAUACACCUGUGAAGCUGAUGGCCAGAAACUCACCUUCACAGUAACUGUAGCAGAGAGAAAAGUUGAGGAGAUGUUUGUCAACAAGGAGAAGGUCCAGAAGGACAUCAAGGCUGUAGUCUCAGAGAACGUCUCUCUCAGCUGCGAGGUGGCCCAGGCCAAGACGGAUGUCAAGUGGUUCAAGGAUGGGAAACUGAUCACCUCCAGCAAGAAAUUCAAGGUCGAAGCCGAAGGCCAAUCCCGGCGUCUGGUUAUCCAACAGGUGGAGAAGAAAGAUGGAGGUGAAUACACCUGCGAAGCUGAUGGCCAGAAGCUCACCUUCAAAAUCAAGGUUACAGAUAGAGAAACAGAGGAGAUGUUUGUUAACAAGGAGAAGGUCCAGAAGGAGAUCAAGGCUGUGGCUUCAGAGAACAUCUCUCUCAGCUGUGAAGUGGCCCAGGAGAAGACAGAUGUCAAGUGGUUGAAGGAUGGGAAAUUGAUCACUUCCAGCAAGAAAUUCAAGGUGGAAGCUGAAGGUAGAUCCCGGCAUCUGAUUGUUCAACAGGUGGAGAAGAAAGAUGGAGGCGAAUACACCUGUGAUGCCGAUGGCCAGAAACUCACCUUCAAGGUCACAAUUGCAGAUAGAGAAGCUGAGGAGACAUUUGUCAACAAGGAGAAGAUCCAGAAGGACAUCAAGACUAUUCCUUCAGAGAAUGUCUCUCUCAGUUGUGAGGUGGCCCAGGCCAAGACAGAAGUCAAGUGGUUCAAGGAUGGGAAACUGGUCACCUCCAGCAAGAAAUUUAAGGUGGAAGCUGAAGGCAGAUCCCGGCGUCUGGUUAUUCAACAGGUGGAGAAGAAAGAUGGAGGAGAAUACACAUGUGAAGCCGAUGGCCAGAAGCUGAACUUCAAAGUCACUGUUGCAGAUACAAAAGCUGAGGAGAUGUUUGUCAACAAGGAGAAGGUCCAGAAGAAUAUCAAAGUUGUAGCUUCAGAGAACGUCUCUCUCAGCUGUGAGGUGGCCCAGGCCAAAACGGAAGUCAAAUGGUUCAAGGAUGGGAAACAGAUCACCGACACCAAGAAGUUCAAGGUAGAAGAACAAGGUGGAUCCCGUCGUCUGGUUGUUCAACAGGUGGAGAAGAAAGAUGCAGGUGAAUAUACCUGCGAAGCCGAUGGCCAGAAGCUCACCUUCAAAGUCACAGUGGCAGAUGAAAAGGUUAAGGAAGUUUUUGUCAGCAAGGAGAAGGUCCAGAAGGAUAUCAAGGUUGUAGCUUCAGAGAACAUCUCUCUCAGCUGUGAGGUGGCCCAGGCCAAGACGGAAGUCAAAUGGUUCAAGGAUGGGAAACAGAUCACCGACACCGAGAAGUUCAAGGUAGAAGAACAAGGUGGAUCCCGUCGUCUGGUUGUUCAACAGGUGGAGAAGAAAGAUGCAGGUGAAUAUACCUGCGAAGCCGAUGGCCAGAAGCUCACCUUCAAAGUCACAGUGGCAGAUGAAAAAGUUAAGGAGGUGUUUGUCAAUAAGGAGAAGGUCCAGAAAGAUAUCAGGACUGUGUCUUCAGAGAAUGUAUCUCUCAUUUGUGAGGUGGCCCAGUCCAAGGCAGAAGUGAAAUGGUUCAAGGAUGGGAAACUGAUCACUAUGAGCAAGAAAUUCAAAAUAGAAGCACAAGGUGGAUCGCGUUGUCUGGUUGUGCAACAGGUGGAGAAGAAAGAUGCAGGUGAAUACACCUGCGAAGCUGAUGGCCAGAAACUGACUUUCAAAGUCACUGUUGCAGAUAGAGAAGCUGAGGAGAUGUUUGUCAAGAAGGAGAAGGUCCAGAAGGAGAUCAAGGCUGUGGCUUCAGAGACCGUUUCUCUCAGCUGUGAGGUGGCCCAGGCCAAGACAGAUGUUAAGUGGUUCAAGGAUGGGAAAUUGAUUACCUCCAGCAAGAAAUUCAAAGUGGAAGCAGAAGGCAAAUCACGACAUCUGGUUGUUCAACAGGUGGAGAAGAAAGAUGGAGGCGAAUAUACCUGUGAAGCUGGUAGCCAGAAACUCACCUUCAAAGUCACUGUAACAGAAGCUGAAGAGAUGUUUGCCAACAAGGAAAUGGUCCAGAAGGACAUCAAGACUGUGGCUUCAGAGAAUAUCUCUCUCAACUGUGAGGUGGCCCAGGCGAAGACAGAAGUCAAAUGGUUCAAAGAUGGAAAAUUAAUCACCUCCAGCAAGAAAUUCAAGGUGGAAGCUGAAGGCAGAUCCCGGCGUCUGAUUAUUCAACAGGUAGAGAAGAAAGAUGCCGGUGAAUACACCUGUGAAGCUGGAAAACAGAAGUUGACCUACAAAGUCAUUGUUGAAGAAGCUCCUGAAAUCUUUACCAAAAAAGACAAAAUAAAGAAGGAGGUCAAGGCGGUUCUGAAGGAGAACAUCAUUUUGACCUGCGAGGUGGUCACUUCGGACACUCAGGUGAAAUGGUACAAAGAUGGACAACCCAUUCCUAUCAGCAAACACAUCAAGAUGGAGUCAGAUGGAACCACCCGCAAACUGCACCUGGAGCAGGUGGCGACCACGGACAUGGGAGAGUAUACCUGUGAAGCAAGUGGUCAGAAAGUAACCUUCAAGGUGGAAGUUACAGAACCAGAGGUCAAAUUCCAAAGAAUAGCUGCUCAGGAGGAGACCAUUGUCACUCAGGAGCACAAGGAAGUCGUCUUCUCCACCGUGAUAGAACCUGAGGAGGCUGAAGUCAAAUGGUUCAAGGACGGAGUUGAGAUCAAAGAUGGCAAGAACUAUAAGAUAAAGAAGGACAAGGGGGCUAGGACCUUGAUUGUGAAGACAGCCGAAAUCAAAGAUGCUGGUCUGUAUACCUGCGAAGUCCAGAGUGAGAAACAGCAGUUCCAACUCAAAGUGGAAGAAGUACCGGUGAAGUUUGCCAAAAAGCUGGAGCCUGUAAAAGCUGACCUUGGAAAGGCUUUGAGUUUGAGUUGUGAACUUAACCAGCCCGAAGGUGCGGUUGUGUGGCGCAAGGACGGAACGGUUCUCAAAGCUAGCAAGCGCUACCUGAUGCAAGAAAUUGGUGCCAAGAGAGUGCUGAUCAUCUCCGCUUUGCGGGCUGAGGACAAGGGAGAAUAUUCAUGUGAGACAAAGAAUGACCAAUGCAUCAUUCAAGUCACACCCACAGCGCCUCGCGUUGUGAAGUUUGUCAAGAGCCUCUCCAAAGUCAUCGCAGAAGAAGGGAAGGAGGCGGUUUUCGAAUGCACCGUCUCACCCAGCGAUGCGGUUGUUAAGUGGAGCCACCGUGGAACCCCAGUCGAAGCCAGCAAGAAAUACGUCGUUUCUCAUCGGGAUGUCCAUCACAGCCUCACCAUCACCACACUGACAGUCCAAGACAGUGGGGAAGUCAUGGCCGAAGCUGAGGGAGAAGAGAGCCGGGCCCACCUCCGAGUGGAAGAAGCACCGGUGUUAUUUGUGAGGAAAUUGGAGGCCAAAGCUGUAGAAGAGAAGCAGACUGUUAUCCUUGAAGUCGAGCUAUCCAAGCCAACCACGGAGGUGAAGUGGACAAAGAACGCGAGUGUCCUUCAUCCAAUGGCCAAUCUGGAGAUCCACGCCCAGGGGACAAAGCACCGCCUGGUGAUCAAGAGUGCAUCCUGCGAUGAUCGUGGGUUUUAUUCCUGCGAGACCCUCCAUGACAAGACACAAGCCAAGGUCACUGUAGACAUGAGACCCAUCAAAUUGAUCAAAGGCCUGCAGCCGAUGGAUGUUCACGAGAAGGAAUCGGUCACUUUUGAGGUGGAACUGUCCCAUGAAGAUGUGGAAGCAGUUUGGAUGAAGGACGGUCUGCGUCUCAAGUCUCAGGACAACUGCCAGAUAACUGCCCAAGGAAAGAAGCACUCACUGACCCUCACGUCUCUGACAUUGGAAGACUCAGCUCUUAUUUCCUUCAAGGCCGAAGGGAUUCACACCACAGGCAGGCUCAGUGUGAAAGAAACCCCUGUGAAAAUCAUCACACCUUUAAAAGACCUCAAAAUUCAGAACAAGGAUGACGUAACACUUGAGUGCGAACUUUCCAGGCCCAAUGCGGAAGUGAAGUGGCGUAAGAAUGGAGUGGAGAUCCGGUCGAGUAAAAAGAUGGUCAUUGCUUCCAGAGGGACGAAGAGAAGCCUCACCAUUCACACAUGCGAAUAUGAAGAUCAAGGAACAUACAUGUGUGAUGCAGUGGAUGAUAAGACCUCAGCUGUUUUGGAGAUCUACGCCCGGGACAUCAAGAUUAUAAAACCACUGGAAGAUGUUGAAGUGAGUGAAAAAGAAAGUGCUUCUUUCCUGUGUGAGAUUUCUCAUGAUGAUGUCCAAACCCAGUGGUUCAGUAACAAAAACAAAAUCAGGACUGGAGAAAACAUCAAACUACAUCAGGAAGGGAAAAGUCACACGCUGGUUUACCGCAGUGUGGAGUUGCAGGAUUCUGCAGAAAUAAAAUUUGUGGCCGAAGCUGCAGAAUCACAAGCUCAGCUUAAAGUCAAAGAACUACCGGUCAAGAUCAUUAAACCCCUGCGGGUGAAGAUCGCCAUCGAAAGACACCGAGGUUUUAUGGAAUGCCAAGUCUCUCGUCCAAACGCUAUCGUUAAGUGGUUCAAGGGGGACCGAGAACUCCAUCCUGGCCAGAAGUAUGAGAUGGUGAGCGAUGGGAUCUACCGGAAACUUAUCAUCAAUGAGACCGCGUUCGAGGACGAAGGGAUUUACACCUGUGACGCCGUGGAUGAUAAGAGCAGCGCUCAGUUCUAUGUGGAAGAACAAACCAUCAAUGUUGUGAAGGAGCUGAGAGAUGUGGAGGUGAUGGAACCAGCCGAAGCCCGCUUUGAGUGCGAAAUCUCCAUCCUUUCAGUGAAGCCCCCCAAAUGGUCUCUCCGUGGAGAAGUGCUACAAAAUGGCCCAAAUGUCAUCAUAGAACAAGAGGGAAAAAUCCACCGGCUAAUCUUGAGGAAGACCAAUGUGGACAUGACAGGCACCAUUCAAUUUGCCAUUGGGAAGUCAAAAUCCUUGGCUGAUCUGGUGGUCAAAGAUAUUCCAGUGAUCUUCACUAGACCUCUAGAAGACAAGAUAGUUUUGGAAACCCAUUCAGUGGUCCUCUCUUGUGACUUCAAGCCAUCCCCAAAGGAGAUUGAGUGGUACAGGAACCACACUUUGCUGGAAUCUUCUGAGAAAUUUAAGAUGAAGAGAGAGAAGUUCACAGCGGAGCUCAAAAUCCUGAAGUUGACUGUCAGGGAUUCAGGUGUCUACCGAUGCAAAGCUGGAAGCGCAGAGACGAAAGCCACAUUGACCAUUUUGGAGCGCAAAGUGGAGAUCACCAAACAUCUGCAGGAUGUGGAGGUUGAUGAAGAGAGCUCGGCCACUUUCUCCUGCGAGUUGUCUGAAGAUUGUGAGGAUGUCGAAUGGUUCCUCAAUGACACUCAUCUCUUUCCCAACAACUUCAAUGAGAUAAAGCAUUUGGGGAAGUCCCACAGCCUGACGCUGAAGCACGUCACGCCAGAAGACAGCGGGACAGUGACCGUCAAGGUUCAGAAGAAAAUCUCUGAGAGCAUCCGGCUGAAGGUGAAAGAGAAGCCAGCCGUCUUCAUGAAAUCUCUGGACGACGUGGUUGCCGAGGAACGAAGCACUAUCACACUGGAAUGUGAAGUCUCGAAACCAAAAGUGAAACCGGUGUGGAAGAAGGAAGAGGCGGAAUUGAUCCCAGGAGGCAAAUAUGAGAUGUUGCAGUCUGGGAAGACCCUGGGACUCACCAUCCGAGAUCUCGGCAAAGAUGACGCUGGUUGGUACACCUGUGACCUUGGGACAGACAUCGCCAAGUCUAAAGUCAUCAUUCAAGAGCUGAACAUCGGCAUCACAAAGCGUCUAAAGAACGUUGAGGUGCAGGAAGGAGAGAGCUGUAGCUUCGAAUGCAUCCUCUCACAUGAGAGUCUAGACGGUUGUCAGUGGUUGAUCAAUGGGAAUGAAGUCAGCCAUGACACCCGAUAUCGAGCCUUCAACAAAGGAAGGAAAUACACCCUCAUCAUCAAGAAAACCUUAGUGACUGAUGCUGGCGAAGUGGUGUUUUCCGUCCGUGAUUUAAAAUCCAAAGCUUCUCUUGUUGUGAAAGAAAAACCCGCCGAAUUCAUAAGACAGCUGGAGGACAAAUCCACCUCAGUGGGACGGGAGGUCAGCCUGAGUUGUGACUUGUCUAGAUGGGACAAUAACCUGAAGUGGAAGAAGGACGGCAAGGAGAUUCGGAGGAGUCAAAAAUACGACCUGCGUCAGGAAGGCAACCGGGCGAUAUUAAUCAUCCAUGACACCACAGUGAAAGAUGGCGGAGAAUAUACCUGCGAGAUUGAAUUCUCCAAAACAAAAGCCACAUUAUUGGUGGAAGAAGGUGGAAACUGCUUUGUGAAGGAUCUUGAAGACUUGAAGGUGGAGGAGAAUAAGAAUGUCAUCCUCACCUGUGAAACCAAGAAACCAGCGUCUGCUGUGACAUGGAGGAAAGGCAUCGUUGAUCUUCAAGCCGGCCAGAAAUAUGAGAUCAGCCAAAAAGGGACCAUCUUGCAACUCCUCGUGAAGGAUCUCAGAGAAAAUGAUAGUGACAUCUACACGUGUGACAUUGGUGACAGUCAAUCCAGUGCAAAGCUGGUGGUGCAAGGCCUGCCGGUAGUUUUUAACCAAGAACUGCAAAACAAAGAAGCACAGGAAGGGAAUAAAAUCCGUCUUACUUGUGAGCUUAACAAAUCAGACGUCCCUGUGCAGUGGAUGAAGGGCAAUGUAGUCCUGGAAGCGGGGGACAAAUACGAAUUCAAGCAACGAGGUCCCGUGACUGAACUCGUCAUCCGGGACGCAAAGCCGUCGGAUGCAGGGGAAUAUAUUUGUAAAAGUGGAGACUUGAAGACUUCUGCACGGGUGGAGGUGACAGCGGCCCCUGCCAUUUUUAAGGAAGAGCUUAAAGAUGUGGAAAAGAAAGAGGGCGAGACGGUUGUUUUGUGCUGCGUCCUUGCCGCACCAGAGGUCACAGUGGCAUGGAAGAAAGGUGCGACUCUCCUUCGGCCGAGCGAGAAGUAUGAGAUGAAACAGGAUGGCUGUGUGGCUGAGCUGCUGAUUCACCAUGCACAACCGGAGGAUGCAGGAAAAUAUACUUGCAAUGCGGGAGAGAAGCAGAGCACAGCUCAGAUCAAAGUCCACGCUGCACCCGUCAGCUUUAAAGAUAAACUGAAGAAUGCCGAAGCUCUGGAAGGUGGAGUAGCUACUCUCUGCUGUGAAUUAAAUAAACCCGCUCCAGUGGAGUGGGUGAAAGGACAAAAAACUUUACGGCCGGGCAGCAAAUACCGAAUGAAGAAAGAAGGUGCCAUCGUCGAGUUGACAAUUCAUGAUCUGGACUUGAAAGACGCUGGAGAUUAUACCUGCAUUUCUGGAGACCAACAGACGACUGCAGUCUUAACCGUGAACGCCGUGGCUGCACAUUUCAAAACUCAACUGAAGAACCAGGAGGUGACUGAGAGUGGAACUGCCACUCUGCAUUGCGAGUUGACCAAAGCUGUGGAUUCGGUCGUGUGGAUGAAGGAUGAAGAAGUACUGAAACCGAGUGAGAAGUACCGAAUGAGACUUGAAGGGCGCUUUGCGGAGCUUUCCAUCCAAGAUCUGGAGGUCCCAGAUGCUGGAAGUUAUACCUGCGUGUGUGGGGAUCAGAAGACCAGAGCAACUUUGAAAGUGAACGCACUGCCCGUGUUUUUCCAAGAAGAAUUAAAAAACCAGGAAGUGACCGAAGGGGAAUCGACCAUUUUCCAGUGUAAGCUGAACAAAGCAGCAACUGUGGAGUGGUACAAGGGAUCCAGGCUGCUGAAACCAGAUGGAAAAUUCCAGUUAAAACAGGAAGGUCCUUGUGUUGAACUGAUGAUCCAAGGCUUGGACAUUGCUGAUUCUGGAGAUUAUACUUGCAAAUGUGGAGCCCAGAAGACUACAGCUAAAUUGACCAUAAAUGCCCUGCCAGUCCUCUUCACCAAAUCCUUGAAGGACGAAGAAGCUCUGGAAGGCAAAGUUGCCACUUUCCAGUGUGAGCUGAACAAAAUAUCUGCCCCCAUAGAGUGGAAGAAAGGACACAAGAUCCUUAAGCCAGGAAGCAAGUAUAAAAUGAAACACGAAGGAAAAAUUGCUGAACUGGUCAUCCAGAACUUGGAAGUAACUGAUUCCGGAAUCUAUGCUUGUGUAUCUGGAGAACAGCAAACCACAGCAUCUUUAGAAGUCAAGGCUCUGCCCGUUCUUUUCAAAGAAGGGCUGAAGAACCGGGAAGCUGUUGAAGAUACCACCACUACUCUCCAUUGUGAGAUGUCUAAAGCUGGGGCUGAGGUACAGUGGAAGAAAGGAUCACAAACUCUUAAGCCAAGCGAUAAAUACAGAAUGAGACAGGAGGGUCCUGUUGCUGAAUUGUUGAUUCGAGAUCUGAAAGUGAUGGACACGGGAGAUUACUUCUGUGUGUGUGGAGAUCAGAAGACCACAGCCGUCUUGACCGUUCAUGCCCUACCUGUGCGUUUCCAAGAAGAACUCAAAAGCCAAGAGCUCUUGGAAGGAAAGACGGCCGUUCUGCGCUGUGCAUUAAAUAAAACUGCUGCGGUGGAUUGGAGAAAAGAUGCACAGGCGCUCCAACCAAGUGCAAAAUAUAAAAUUAAACAGAAAGAAAAUGUUGUGGAGCUCACAAUCCAGGAUGUGACAGAAGAGGAUGCAGGAGAAUAUUCCUGUAUUUGUGGAGAUCAAACCACGUCAGCCUCUAUCAGUGUGCAAGCCUUACCGCCACGUUUCAAAGUCGACCUGAAGAACCUUGAGGCUGCCGAAGAUGGCACCGCCACUCUGCAGUGCGAGCUGACCAAAACCCCUGCCCUUGUGAAGUGGUGGAAGGGCAGCGACGUUCUGAAGCCCAGCGACAAAUACGAAAUGAAAUUGGAAGGUGUGGUUGCUGAACUGGUGGUCCAUCACUUGCAACUGGCCGAUACUGGGGAUUACAGUUGCACUGUUGGCGAUUCGAAGACUUCAGCUUUCUUAAGGGUGAAUGCCAUCCCUGCGAGGUUCAAGAAAGGUCUGGAGGACCAAGAAGCUUCAGAAGGUGGAACAGCUGCUCUUCGGUGCGAGCUGACAAAAACAGCUACGGUGGAGUGGAAAAAGAAACACAAGACACUGCGUGCAAAUGACAAAUACAAUCUGAAGCAGGAAGGCCCUGUGGUAGAGUGUGUGAUCCACAACCUUGAUCUUGGAGAUGCAGGAGAAUACUCCUGUGUCUGUGGUGAUCAUAAAACGACGGGGGCUCUGGCAGUCCGUGCCCUACCUCCCCAAUUCAAACAGGAACUGAAGGAUGUGUCAGCCACCGAAAAUGAAACAGCCACCUUGCAUUGUGAACUCACCAAAGCUGCUCCCGUGGAAUGGGUGAAGGAAGGAAACAAAUUAAAAGGGGACAAAUACCAAUUCAGACAGGAAGCGGCUGUCGCGAAGUUGGUGAUCAGCAGUUUAGAAGUUGAGGAUGCUGGACGUUACACCUGUAUUUGUGGAGACCAGAAAACUUCAGCCGUUUUGACUGUUAACGCCCUCAAGCCAGAAUUCACACACCGGCUGAAGGAUGAGAAAGCAGAUGAGGGCAGCACCGUUAGAUUACGCUGUGAGGUGACCGUCCCUAAAGCCACAGCAGAGUGGCGCAAAGAUGGUGCAAGAAUCUGUGCUAGUCCCAAAUAUGACAUCAGACAGGAUGGUGGCAUCCGUGACUUACUCAUUCAUAAUUUGGAACCCCAAGACAGUGGAAAGUAUUCAUGCAGUGUUGGAGACCAAACCACUUCUGCCACAUUAUCUGUGCAAGCCCUCAAGCCAGAAUUCACGCAGCGGCUGAAGGGUGAGAAAGCAGAUGAGGGCAGCACGGCCAGGUUUUGCUGUGAGGUGACCCUCCCAAAAGCCCCAGCAGAGUGGUGCAAAGAUGGUGCAAGAAUUCACGCUAGUCCCAAAUAUGACAUCAGACAGAAUAGGGGCAUCCAUGAGUUACUCAUUCUUAACCUGGAAGCUGAAGACAGCGGAGAGUAUUCAUGCAUCGUUGGAGACCAAACCACAUCUGCCCUGUUAUCUGUGCAAGCCCUCAAGCCAGAAUUCACACAGCGGCUGAAGGGUGAGAAAGCACAUGAGGGCAGCACGGCCAGGUUUUGCUGUGAGGUGACCCUCCCGAAAGCCCCAGCAGAGUGGUGCAAAGAUGGUGCAAGAAUUCACGCUGGUCCCAAAUAUGACAUCAGACAGAAUGGGGGCAUCCAUGAAUUACUCAUUCUUAACCUGGAAGCUGAAGACAGCGGAGAGUAUUCAUGCAUCGUUGGAGACCAAACCACAUCUGCCCUGUUAUCUGUGCAAGCCCUCAAGCCAGAAUUCACACAGCGGCUGAAGGAUGAGAAAGCGGACGAGGGCAGCACGGCCAGAUUAUGCUGUGAGGUGACCAUCCCUAAAGCUGCAGCAGAGUGGCACAAAGAUGGUGCAAGAAUCUGUGCUAGUCCGAAAUAUGACAUCAGACAAGAUGGUGGCAUCCAUGAGUUACUCAUUCAUAAUUUGGAACCCCAAGACAGUGGAGAAUACUCCUGUAGCGUUAGAGACCAAACCACUUCUGCCACAUUAUCUGUGCAAGUCCUCAAACUUGAAUUUACGGAACGGCUGAAGGAUGAGAAAGCGGAUGAGGGAAGCACAGCCAGAUUACACUGUGAGGUCACAGUCACUAAAGCCCCUGUGGAAUGGCGCAAAGGCACUGUAAGAAUUCAUGCUAGCCCCAAAUAUGACAUACAACAGGAUGGGGGCAUCCAUGAAUUACUCAUUCAUAACCUGCAAUUCCAAGACAGUGGCGAGUAUUCGUGUAGCAUUGGAGACCAAACUACAUCUGCCACAUUAUCUGUGCAAGAAGUGGACAUCACCAUCAUCCGGGGACUGAAAAGCGUGGAGGUUUUGGAAGAGGAAGAAGUCACUUUUGAAUGCGAAGUCUCCCACGACAACGCAAAAGACGUGGAGUGGAAGUUGCAAGAUUUGUCACUUCAAAGCAACCAGAUGAAUGAGAUCUCGGUCGAGAGAGGACGAGUGCACAAAUUGACACUACGCAACGUCACACAGCAGGAUUCUGGCACCGUCACUUUCCGGGUGGGACCAUACACCUCCACAGCGAGGCUCCGAGUGGACGCCUUGCAUCCUGCCUUUCAACAAGAGCUGAGCAAUCUAGAAUUGCAAGAAGGUAGCGCAGCUUUCCUCACAUGUGAAGUCUCUAUGCCCAACAUCUCUGCCAUCUGGAAAAAAGGCUCGGAAGUCAUCGCUCCGAGCGCCAAGUACGAAAUCAGUCAGCGGGGAACGACCCAUAUUCUAAAGAUUUAUGGUGUAACUCGAAGAGAUUCUGGAAAAUAUAUUUGCGACAUUGGCCACGGGAGAAGCAUGGCCACGUUAUCGGUGGAAGCCCUCUCAGUCCGUCCAGCCCGUUUUCAAGUCCAGCUGGAGAACCAGGAAGUCAAGGAAGGGGCAACGGUCAUCCUGGCCACUGCACUCACAAAACCCGAGGUGCCCGUCCAGUGGAUGAAAGGCUCCACCCAACUGCAGCCAAGUCAUAAGUAUGAGAUGAGACAAAAGGCAUCCUAUGUGGAGCUGCUAAUCCAUGAGGCGCAAGUGGAGGAUUCGGGCCACUAUACCUGUCAAACCGAGGAUCAGCAGACCACAGCAUCUGUGCUUGUCAAAGAAAUACCGGCCACCAUAGAAGAAAAAUUGAAAGAUCUCACCCUUCUUGAAGGAGAGGAUGCUAUGUUUCGCUGUGUGAUUUCUCAUGAGAAGGCCAAAAACGUGCAAUGGAGUUUGGCAGGUGUGCCUCUGCAAUCCAAUGAAAUGAACCAAAUUGCCGUGGAAGGCAAAAUUCACACGCUCAUUCUCCGAAAAGUCACCCUUGAAGAUUCCAGCACCAUCAGUUUCCAAGUUGGUCAGAAUUCAACACAGGCUCAGUUAUUGGUGCAAGCUGUACCAAUAACCUUCCUAAAAAAGCUGGAGAAUGCAGAAGUAGAUGAAAACGGCAUGGCAACCUUCCACUGUGAGCUUUCCAAACCUGGGAUCCCAGUGGAAUGGAGAAAGGGAUCAUCCCUGAUCCAGCCCAGCCAGAAGUUUGAAGUUAAGAUUGAAGGCAAUGCCUACACUUUGAUCAUCCAUGAUGUGGUCCCAGAAGACUCAGGAGAAUAUAUCUGCAGUGCAGCUGACAAGAAAACCACCGCCAAGCUGAAAGUUAAAGCUUUGCCGGUGUUCUUCAAACGAGGUUUACAGAGCAAGGAGGUUGAAGUAGGGAACACUGUGUCCUUGUGUUGUGAGUUGUCUAAGCCAAUGGUACCUGUGGUAUGGAAAAAAGGAAACACGAAGCUUCAGUCGAGUGAGAAGUAUGAGAUCAGACAAGAAGGGAACUUUGCUGAGCUUCUCAUUUAUGAUCUGGAAGUUCAGGACGAUGGUGACUAUACCUGCGAUUCAGGAGACCAGCAGACCACUGCCACCGUGAAAGUCAAAGUGUUACCCAUCUUCUUUGAAGAAGGAUUACAGAACAUUGAGGUGGAAACCGGAGGGAAAGCUGUCCUGUGUGGCAAGAUCUCAAGUCCUGACACAGCCAUUGAGUGGUGGAAAGGGUCCCUCAUUCUACAGCCCAGCGCCAAAUAUGAGAUGAAGCAGAGAGGCACCACGGUUGAGCUGAUCAUCCAUGACGUGGACCCGGAGGAUUGUGGAUUGUACACAUGCAGCACUGGAGACGAGCUGUCCACAGCCUCGGUAUAUGUACAAGAAGAGGAAAUACAGAUAGUUUCUGGUUUAAAGAACACGGAUAUUUUUGCCGGGGAAUCGGCUACUUUUACCUGCGAGCUCUCCCGAUCUGGAACACACAAGGCACAGUGGUGGCUGGAUGGCUCCCCUCUUCACAACAGCCCUGCAAAUCAAAUCUCGAUGCAAGAUGGGACCAUUCACACGCUGACCUUAAAAGACCUGGGUCUCAAUGAUUCAGGAACAGUGAUCUUCCGAGCAGGUUCUCUGAUAUCCUCAGCUAAAUUAUUAAUCAAAGAUCCGACCAUCGAAGUGGUCAGCCCCAUGCAGGACCUAACCCUGGAAGAAGACGGGACUGCAGAAUUCAUCUGCCAAUAUUCUCGGCCCGUGCAGGCCGUUUGGAAGAAGGAUGACCAGCCCCUUUGGGCAGACGGCCAGCGAGUUGUGGUUGAGCAGGACUGGAACGUGGCCAGACUGAAAAUCAAGCCGGCUCUUCCUGGUGACACUGGGAUUUACUCUUGUGAAGCUGGAGGCACCAAAGUGGAGGCCAUGCUUGAUGUUCAAGCCAAGAAUACAGUCAUCCAGGGCCUUGAGAACGUGGAUGCGAUGGAAGGAGGGGAAGCCCUUUUUGAGUGUUAUCUAUCCAAGCCAGAAAUCUACAAUUAUAACUGGCUGAUCGAUGAUGUGCCGGCAAAAACGUCCGAAAAUGUGGAAUUGGUUUAUUUUGAAAAUGGACUCCGCCAUCUUCUGCUUCUGAAGAACCUCAAAGUCCAAGACAGCUGCAGGGUUUCUUUCCAAGCAAGCGAUGUGGUCACGUCUGCUUUCUUGAACGUCAAAGGAUGGAGACUGGAAUUCCUGCAGCCUCUGACAGACGUCACCGUCCGUGCCGGGGAACAAGCCGUCUUUAGCUGCGUGUUAAGUGAAGCAGUACCUGUUCAUGAGAUUGCCUGGUAUAUUAAUGACGUAGACAUCCAACCAAAUGAAAACUGGAAAAUUGAAGUCGAAGGAAAUACUUACAAACUCAUUCUAAAAAAAGCCCAGCUUCUCCACUCUGGGGAGAUAACCUUCGCUGCCAGAGAUGCUAUUGUGUCUGCAAAAUUGACCGUCAUAGAACCUGUGGAAGUCACUCUGCCUUUGGUUGACAAGUCUGCCACACAAGGAGAGAAGGCCCAGUUGCAGUGCGAAUUGUCCAGCGAGACCCAAGAGGUGAUUUGGGUCAAAGGGAAAGAACCGAUCCAACCCGGAGGACGAUAUGAAAUCGUCUCUGAAGGCAAAAAACAGACGCUCAUCAUACACGAUUUUAAAUCUGAAGAUCAAGGAUCCUACACCUGCAUCACCUCGCCUGAAAUCAAAACCUCUGCCAAUCUUUCGAUUGACGUUUCUCCAGUGUCGAUACUGGAAGAAGUUGUUGAGGAAGCACCAAUUUCUAAAGAGCCAGGCAAAGUAGCAGAUGAAGAGGUCCAGCCCAGCUUGCCACCUGAAGCUGCCCAGGAAGGGGACCUCCACCUUCUGUGGGAAGCUCUGGCCAAGAAGCGGAGGAUGAGUCGCGAGCCGACCUUGGAUUCGAUCAGCGAACUGCCUGAAGAAGACGACAAGCUUCAUAAGCGGAAGAAGGAGGAGGUGGAGAUAACCCAAUACUAUUCCGAGGAAUAUUCUACUUGCGAUGAAUCUGCAAAAGUUGGAGAAGCAGAUUUCUCUGUCACAAGUUCAGAUGAUGAAUCCAGAGCCGGGACACCUUCAUUAAUCACCUACCUUAAGAAGGCUGGGUCAUCUACGGUUAGCAUCAGUCGCAAAGUCGUAGAGAAAGUCUCUCAAGAUCAGCAGAAGUCUGGUGAGGAACCGCCUCCUCCUGUGGAGUCAGCCGAAAUGGAGAUUAUGGAAGGAGACUUGGAAGAUCCUUCCAUGUCUCAAGCUGCCGUCAAAAUCCAAGCUGCCUUCAAAGGUUACAAAGUGAGGAAGGAAAUCAAACAGCAGGAACGUCCAGUCUUUGCUGAGACCUUCAAGGACUUUGUCGGCAAGGUGGGAGACACCCUCCAUCUGGAGUGUAUGGCCCACAGCAAAACAGACAUGAAAGUCAGUUGGCUGAAAGACGGGAAUGAAAUUAAGGAUGGGCGGCAUUAUCACAUAGACAAUUACAGUGACGGGACUUGCUCCUUGAUCAUUGCCGGUUUAGAAACGAAUGACAAGGGCAAAUAUACCUGCGAAGCCUCCAAUAAAUUUGGCAAGGUCUCCCACAGUGCCAAGGUGACCAUCCAACUCCAAGCACCUUCUCGCAAGCCAAAAACCGCCAAGAAGCUUUCUGACAGCGAAUCAGAGAGCUCAUCUGGCAGUGAAUUGGACGAUGCUUUCCGUAAAGCUGGACGGAGACUUCACAAAUUGUUCAAGUCCAAAAUUUCGCCUGAGAUUUCCGACGUCGAAGAGGAACUGUUUGUUAGUGCAGAUGAGGGAGAGAUUGAGGUGGUAGAUCACCAGACCUACCGGGAAGACGAACGCUACAUCUACAUCAAGUUUGAAGUUCAUACGGAGGCCAAAACAGCUGCAGGCCGGUUUCGGGAGAUGUUUGCUGCCAUGGGUAUUCCUGUUGAGAUUGACAUUUUGGAUCAGGGUCCUAAAAAGAUAGAGUUGCGCAUUGGGAAAGCCACGUCACCUCCUGUGAGACAGUUGCAGACUUUGGUUCAACGGCCACCACCUAUUUUGCUGACCUCUGAUACUGCUCCAAUCUUCAUCACUGAGCUUCAAAAUCAAGAAGUGCAGGAUGGUUAUCCAGUCAGUUUCGAUUGCGUGGUGAUUGGGAAGCCGAUGCCGACUGUCCGAUGGUUUAAAGAUGGCCGUGUUCUUGAAGAAGAUGACCACUACAUGAUCAAUGAGGACCAGGAAGGAUGUCAUCAGCUGAUCAUCACUGCAGUGGUCCCUCUUGACAUGGGGGUCUACCGCUGCGUGGCUGAAAACAGCAUGGGGGUGUCUUCAACAAAAGCUGAGCUACGAGUGGACCUAACCAGCACAGACUAUGAUACAGCUGGAGAUGCAACAGAGACCUCAUCGUACUACAGCGCCAAAGGUUACCUGUCCAGCCGGGAACAAGAAGGCGUGGAGUCGACAACCGAAGAAGAACAGUUGCCUCAAAUCAUGGAUGAACUUCACGAUAUUCACGUGGCACCAGGAACCCCUGUUGCCAAAUUCCAUUUAAAAGUGAAAGGUUUCCCCGAGCCCCGUCUUUACUGGUUCAAAGAUGGUCAGCCUUUACACACAAGCGAUCGUCUCCAAAGGACAGACAGCCAUGAGUUUCAUGCUCUGGAAGUUCUCCAGGUCACCAAAGAGGACGAUGGCCAGUAUUCUGUCUUCAUCACCAACUCUGCUGGGUCUGCGUAUUCAGCAGCUAAGCUCGUAGUCAAAGGAGUUGGUGAGGACAGAAAACCAGAAACAGACAUUUAUGAACAGCUGGUGCCACCAAGAUUCCUGGAAAGAUUUACCAACAAGAAAGUGAGGAGAGGGGUCAGCAUCACCCUUUCAGUGAAAGUGGAAGGGACUCCACCACCCUCAGUAACAUGGUUGAAGGAAGAAUUUCAUGGCGAAAACAUCCUAUGGAUCAAGUCGGACGCUCCAGGUUAUAAACUGGCCAGUUCAAAUAUGCAGCACAGUCUGAUCUUAUUGGAUGUAGAAAAGACCUAUAGUGGAAAUUAUACUUGUAUUGCCUCCAAUCAGGCUGGUCAGUCUAUCUGCAGUGCUUCCCUGGAAGUUUUGGAUGUGAAAGAGGCCGAAUCUCUGACGCAGGAGCGUGUGAUGGUGACAGAGGCCAUCAUGACAUCAAUUGGAGCUCAAGCUCCUGCAGCUGGAAAAGGAGAGUACAUGGAAGGCGAAACAGUUCGGAGUCAGAUUUCUCUAACUGAAGUGGGAACCGAAGAAUUUCUGCAGAAACUGACAUCUCAGAUCACCGAAAUUGUGUCUGCAAAGAUAAGCCAAGCUUCCCUCCGAGUUCCUGGAGCUGAUAGUGACGAUGAAUCAAAAACACCAUCAGCAUCUCCACGGCAUGGCAGGUCCAGACCUUCCUCAACUGCUCAGGAGUCUUCCUCCGAAUCGGAUGAAGGGGAUGCAAGGGGAGAGAUUUUUGACAUCUACAUGGUCAUUGCUGACUAUACCCCAAUGGGGGCAGACCGUGAAACCAUCACUCUGAAGGAAGGCCAAUAUGUGGAGGUUUUAGACUCUGCUCAUCCUUUGAAGUGGCUGGUCAGGACCAAACCCACCAAAUCAAGCCCAUCGAGGCAAGGUUGGGUUUCUCCAGCCUACCUGGAUAAGAAGUUAAAGCUCUCUGCAGAGUGGGGUAUUCCCGAUGUCCCAGAGUUCCAUGGAGAAUUUGUUUCAGAAGAUGAAUACCGGAAGAAAUUAAGUCUUAUCGUUCAAGACCUGUUGGGAACGGAAGAGGAGUAUGUCAAGGAUCUGGAGUUCCUGCAAACGCACCACAUCCAGUUCACGGAGACGUGCCCUGCCGUUCCUGUUGCUGUGUCCAACCAGAAGCCCGUUAUUUUCAGAAACAUUACUGACAUAACGCACUUUCAUUCCAACACCUUUUUCCCAGAGCUUCAGAAAUGUGACACGGAUGACGAUGUGGCUAUGUGCUUCCUUAAAAACGAAGGAGAAUUUGACAAAUACAUCACCUACUUGGUGGGCCGGGUUCAAGCCGAAUCCAUUGUGGUCAGCAAAGUGGUCCAGGAGUUUUAUAAGCGAUACACAGAGGGAACACUGGCCAGUGAGGAUCCUUCUCUGCCGCCGAUCCUCCCUCUGCAACACUACCUAGAGAGACCCAUAAACCGGAUCCAGAAAUAUCAAACGGCGAUCAAGGAUAUGAUCCGAAACAAAGCAAGGAACACUCAAAACUGUGCCCUCCUAGAACAGGCCUACGCCAUUGUUUCCGCACUCAACAGGCGAGCGGAAAACAACCUUCAUGUUUCUCUCAUUGAGAACUACCCUGGAACACUGGAAAUAUUAGGGGAACCCAUCCGCCAGGGACAAUUCAUUGUGUGGGAAGGCGCUCCGGGGGCACGCAUGGCUUGGAAGGGACAUAAGCGACACAUCUUCCUCUUCAAGGCUUACCUGCUCGUGUGCAAGCCAAAACGAGACACGAAGUUGGAUACUUACAGUUACCUAUUCAAGAACAUGAUGAAGCUGUCCCACAUCGAUGUGAAUGAUGUGAUCGAAGGAGAUGAUCGGGCGUUUGAGAUCUGGCACGAACGGGAAGAUUCGGUCCGGAAAUAUCUCUUCCAGGCGCGGACCGUUAUCAUCAAAAACUCGUGGGUGAAGGAAAUCUGUUGUAUUCAGCAACGGAUUAGUCUCCCUGUAUGGGAUCCACCCGAUUUUGAGGAGGAACUGGCGGACUGUACAGCAGAACUGGGUGAAACGGUCAAGCUCGCCUGCCGAGUCACAGGCACCCCUAAACCGGGUAUCACCUGGUAUAAAGAUGGGAAGCCGGUCGACGUGGAUCCUCACCACAUCGUCAUCGAAGAUCCCGACGGAUCUUGUACAUUGAUCCUUGAUAAUUUGACCGGAGUGGAUUCUGGGCAAUAUUUGUGCUAUGCAUCUAGUCCAGCCGGUAGUGCCAGCACCCUUGGAAAAAUUCUUGUCCAAGUGCCUCCACGGUUUGUAAACAAGGUGAAACACGCCUAUUACUCCAAAGGCACAGAUGCACAGUUUACUUGCACCAUCGAAGGGGCACCAUGGCCCCAGAUCAGAUGGUAUAAAGAUGGAAAUCUCCUCACCGAUCCAAACAAACAUCAGAGCUUCAGUGAGCCACGAAGUGGCGUGAUUGUCCUGGUUAUCAAAAACGCUUGUGAGGAUGAUGAAGGUUUAUAUGAGUGUGAGUUGAUAAACAGGUUGGGAACUGCAAAGGGAGGCGCACACCUUUACUGCCAAACUACAACAGCCUUGGCUCCGGAGAAGAGACCUGAGCAAGCGAUAACAAUAGAAGCUGAACUGCAGGCGUCCCCUCGCAAAACUGAAAGAGAAAGUGACACAUUGGCCAGGCAAACAGACAUUAUUUCCCAAGAUGAAAGCGUGUCUGAACGUGCUGUUCUCCCUGCCAAGGUCCUCGAAAUUAUGGCGGAGAUGCCGUGGUUCAAGAAUGAAAGAACAGAGGAAAUUUUGGAUUUAGCUGGGGAAGCCGCUGAGGGCAUCAGGGAGAGACCCCAUGUUGCUAAAAAAGCAGAAAAGAGUGUGACAAGCCCACCAUACAUGCAAGUCCCUCUUGAGGAUGUCCAGGUUCGGUGUGGGGAAAUGGCCAAGUUCCAGGCCACGAUUGAAGGCCACCCUCAGCCCGUUAUCGGAUGGUUUAAGGGAAUUUCCUUGUUGCUGGACAGCGAAAGGAUCUACCAGUCCAAGGAGGGCACCAGCUACUCUCUGAUCCUGUACAACGCUCAGGCCGAAGAUGGCGGGGUCUACACGUGCAUGGCUAAAAACGCCGGAGGGGAGGUGGUCUGCAAAGCGGAGCUGGUGGUACAGGAAGAUAAGAAAAGUCAAGAGGUGAAAAAGCGAAGCCCACGAAGAAAACUUCAUUCUUUCUAUGAGGUUAAACACGAAAUAGGAAGGGGCUCCUUUAGCGUUCUCAAGAAAGUCAUCCAUAAAGCCAACCGUGUGGCUUGUGCAGCAAAAUUCAUCCCGCUGCGAAGUCGAACGAGAGAACGAGCUUAUCGCGAGAGAGACAUUCUAGUCGAGCUUUCCCACGACCGAAUCACUCAACUGCUGGACCAGUUUGAAACACGGAAAACCUUAAUUCUUGUUUUGGAACUAUGUUCCAAUGAAGAGCUUCUGGAUCGCCUCCAUAAGAAGAACAUGGUGACGGAAGCAGAGGUCAAAUUCUAUAUCAAGCAACUUCUAGAAGGGAUCUUGUACCUUCACAGCAAUGAAAUACUACAUUUGGACAUCAAGCCUUCAAACAUUUUGAUGGUCCACCCUGACAGGGAUGACCUUAAGAUCUGCGAUUUUGGCUUCGCCCAACGGAUAAAUCCGUCGGAGCCUCAGUACAGCACUUACGGAUCUCCAGAAUUUGUCCCACCAGAAGUUCUGUCCCGGUCCCCAGUAUCAACAGCCUCGGACAUCUGGCCGGUGGGCGUUAUUAGCUAUUUAAGCUUGACCUGCAAGUCUCCCUUUGCUGGGGAAAAUGACAGAGCAACCCUGCUUAACGUCCAGAACGGGAUCAUUUCGUGGAAGAGCUCUGACUGGGGUCAUUUGAGCAAAGAAGCAAAGGAUUUUAUCGAAAAGAUCCUUCAGCCAGCUCCUAGAACCAGGCCAAGUGUGAUGGAAUGCCUAUCUCAUCCCUGGUUUUCUCACAAGCUACCGCCCGAAGAGGCUCAUUUUAUCGAGACAAAAUCACUCAGCUUUUUUGUAUCCCGAAGCAAAUGGCAGCGGUCUCUUAUGAGCUAUAAGUCAUUGCUUGUAAUGAGACCGAUCCCAGAAAUUCUGGAAAAGCAUCACAAGAACACUUCACUUGGCAUCUCGCGACAACUGGUCGAAGAGAGCAGUUCCUCCAGCACCAGUGGGUCAUCUUCGGACAACGAAAUUUUGGUCUCGUCUGGCAAAAAACCUUUUGGACCCAUUCCAGAAAUUCGUCUAUCUGUGCUGGAAGGAUCAAACAAUCAAGAAGAUGAAGUAUUUGAAGAUGAAUUCAAACUUCCUGAAGACUCCAGGCCACCCAUCAAAACCAGAAGAUUGAAGGAACCUUCAGCGAAGGGACAAUUGGAUGGACAUCCUGUCCGAGAACGAGAAAUCUCAGAGAUAGAUGCCCAUGGAAGAAUAUCGUUUGAGUUGGCUUCAUUGCAAGAUCAAGCUGGAUUGUUGCCUCCAGAAGAAGGAAGAAUGGAGCGAUCUCCAGGUUGCGUCCCGAGACACAGUGUCAUCAAAAGUACCUUUUAUAGCCACCCGUCGGAAAAUCUGACCGAUUUUCCCUCAUCACCAGGCAAAGGGCAAAGAAAACAAUUAGAAAGAGCUAAGAGAUCUUACAGGAAAGCUGGAUACUCAAAGUCCGCUUUAACUGGUCUGCGGGAACCCUUGCUAGAACGGUUUGAACUUGGUGAAGAAGGAGGACCGUUGGCAGAUGUAGAAUUGGGGAAGGGACGAGAAGGAAGUUAUGGACCCCCAAUCAUCAAAUCAGCUUCUUUUGAUACUGCUCAGAAAUCACCCAAGGUGACUUUCCAAGUAUCCGCCAGGAGCCGUUCCUUGGAUGACUACAGAAUACGAGCUAGGAGCUUCGCUGAGGAGCAGGAUAUUGCAGAAGAAGAUAUGGACACCAUGCCGCACGGUGUUCCGGCAGAAGGAACUCAUCUGAGGGAUGAAAAAACAUCAGCAGCAAAAGCUAGGGAGGGUUUUUCUGAAGAGCACCCAAGGUUAGUCCUACUGGAUGAUAAGGAAAGAUCCAAGUUGGGCCCUGAGCAGGACAAGAAGUCCUUGGUUUUGGCACAGGGCUCUGAAAAAGAGGAUUUAGCUCAGAAAACAAAGGUGCCGCAUUUUGUGGGAAAAUCUCCUCAAGGCAGACAAGAUCUGAUUCUAGAAGCUCGGCAAUCUAGUUUUACUUCGGGGUUGGCUCCAAAAAAUGACAUUGAGGAGGAGCAGGCAUCCAUGUCUUCUCCUCACAGGGAUGGAGGAACCAUUUUUCCAAAGGGGGAAAGCUCUGAUUUGAGAGCGGCAUCAUCAGAGAUCCCAAACUUGGUGUCUCGGGAUAGUAAAGAGGAAAAACUGUCCCAUGAGAUAACCCCAAGUUCUCCCAAGAGUGUUGAAGGAUGUCAACCUCAACAAAAAGAAAGUCAUCAUCUUCUGAAAGCUGUUCCUUUUCACAUCACCCAGCUUCAGGCUGAGAAACAGCUUGCCGGUGCUCCAGACAAGAGUCCCAAAGACCUACAGACUAUGGCAAUGCAUGAAGGCCAUCCAUCCUUGAUUUAUCCUGGGACACAAAUGGUGGAGAGUAGAGGUUUAGGUGAUCCUAUUUUGCAUGCUGACAUUUGUGCCUUCUCUACCCUUGAGGAUCAGCAAAUUCCAUCCCAGAAACCCUCAGGAUCCCGCUUGGCCAAGUCAACCAUGCUAGAGAAGAAAGAUCUGGAGAAGUUGGACAUCCCUCAAACAAAAAUGAGCAUACCUUCAAUCUCUGAAAGUGCAAAGCAGAAGCCUUUACAUCAGUUGCCUGUUGCACAUCUGGAAAGGAAGCUACCUGUUUCAAAAAGCGAAGGUCCUGUUCAUCCAGAAAUGGUCACUCUGAGAGGAAGCCAGCACCCAUCUCAACAAGAAUCUCCUCUUUACAGAAGACCAUCUCCUACUACCCCAAGAAGUGCUGCUGCUCUGAUUCAAGCAUCUCUCCAACCAGAGGCCACCUCAAUACCCAUACUUCAUGGAGAAACCCAGAUGGCCUCACUUCCAAAGUCCUCCUCUUACCCAGAAGGAGAAUCUCUUCUCAGAGAGGUUCAGUGUCCUCCUCAAGCCCAACCAGAUCUGAUGUCCUUCUUUGAAGCUGAAAAGUAUGAGCUCUACCACCACCUGCCAUCUGCUCCUGGUGAGGUCCUCAAGGGCAAAGCACCUGCCGUAGCAGGUUAUUCUCAAGCAAAAAUGAGGCCGUUUGGAACCUCUGGAGAAAAAGUCCCCAUAACUCUAAAGAAAAGACCAUAUUCCACUGGAGAAGGCAGAAGCGAGGAUCACAAACGCUACAGGGACACAGAAGCUCAAGUUCUGGAGUUCUUAGCCGAGGAGAUGGCUUAUCGAUCAAAAGCAACAACGCCUUGGCCAGAAUCAGGACCUGUUUCACCCCAAGGUGAGAUGGUCCAUCAAAAGUCACCCAGCCAAGCAGUGAGACCGAAAGGCAGAUAUCUGGUGCGCAGAGGCAAGAGAGAAGGUGGCAUUGGCCUAGCAGAUCCUUCAGAAGCCGAUGUUAUCUAUCCUGGAGAGGAAGACUAUUUCAGUCUUCAGUCUUACCUGAGCAAGAAAGCAAGGAUGUCUUCGCCUUAUGAAGGCCAAGGCUUGGAUUAUCCAGGAAGUAGCCGAAUGUAUGAAAUUGCCCUUGUGCAGAUCCAGGAUCUCUCGGAGAUGCCUCGUCCUGACAGCAAGACCUCCAAAUUUGAUAUCACGGAGGUGGAACCAGCUUUCCUCAACUUUUAUGAACUCUAUGACAUUGUCUAUUCUCCGUUUGAGUUCCUGAGCUUCAGGAAAGCUCCUGAGAAUUUGCCCAGCAAAAGGCCAUCUGACUCCAAAUUUCCUUCUCAGCAGGAGAAAACAAUAUGUCUCAAGGAGGAUGAUUUGCCCGAGGUGGCCCUUAAGGAAGAGACAGGUGCCCUCAAGGUGGAGGUAGGUCUGGGACCAGUUGUGGCACCACGGAUAGGGAAAAGGUCCGACUCGGAAGGUGAUCUACCGACGGGGUCCCAGUACGAUGUCCCAUCAGAUCCAACGAGGAAGAGGAAGAGUUCUCUCCAGAGUGCCUUAGGACUUUUCAAGCCAGUUGUCCGCUCUCAGUCCAUGGAGCAGGUGGAACUCAGUCUGAGGAAGAGGAUGAAGGCAUCCGUAGCUCAGUUCUCAAAGAUGUUGACCAGAAAACUGUCCAGUGAAGACACCAGAACAGCCUCUGAGGAAGUCAAAAGUGAGCAAGCCGAGAGGACCUCCUUGACGGAGCCUUCCCCAACUUCUAAAAAGAAAAAGAUAUUCUCAGCAUUCACCCUGCCAGGCCUCAAGACCAAGGACAAAGGACCUUCUUUUGUAGAAGAACUGACCGAUCAGACCGUUGCCGUUGGACAGUCUCUGACCCUCUCCUGCCAGACCUCGUCCCAUUCCUUCUCUGGCAUCGGAUGGUUCAAAGACGGAGCAGCGAUCUGCAGCACAGAUCGGAUCCUGAUUUCUUCGACUCUAAAACGGUUCCAGCUUUUAACCGUGUUAUCGGCUACGGCGACGGACUUUGGCGUGUACACUUGUAAGGCUGCUAGUUCCCAUGGUGCUGUUUCCACUUCCUGCACCAUAAGGAAAGCAGAGGCACCUUCAAACAUACCUGCCCCUGAUAUCCUUGAAGUUCUUGAAGAUGGUGUACAGCUGGCCUGGGAAGCGGUGGAACUCAACCACCCAGUGACUUACACUAUUCUGUGCAAGAAGGAUGAUGGAGAGUGGAAAACCCUGGCCAGUGACAUCCCGGCUUGCUGUUACACAGUUGAACACCUUCCUCGCGGUUUGGUCUACUCCUUUCGCAUUGCCUGCGUGAGCCCAGCCGGCGUGGGUCCCUACAGCUACCCAACCCCCAAAGUGAAAAUUGGUGAAGAAGAUCAAGCAGCAUUUCAGGCUCAAGAGGAAGAGAACAGGAUGGCAGCCCCACCAACGCACCAGACCUAUGCCUUCCAGACCGAGAUUAAAAGAGGCCGCUUCAGCAUCAUCAAGCAAUGCCGAGAAAAAUUCAGCGGAAAUCCACUGGCUGCCAAAAUCAUCCCGUAUCAGCCGGAAGAGAAAGACGCCAUCCUACAGGAAUACCAGAUCCUAAGGAAGCUGCACCACGCCAACAUAGGGCAACUGCAGGGCGCCUAUGUGAGUCCACGCCACCUUGUGCUGAUUGUCGAACUCUGCGUGGGGCCCGAGCUGCUUCAUGCCUUAGCUGGAAGGACUUCCUAUUCAGAAGUGCAGGUCAGGGACUACCUGUGGCAGAUUCUCAGCGCUGUCGAGUAUCUUCACAAACAGGACAUCCUACACCUGGAUCUGCGGUCUGAAAACAUGGUGAUUGUUGAGCCCAACCUGUUGAAGCUUCUGGAUUUUGGAAACGCCCACUUCUACUCGCCCGACCAAAUCCUAACUGUGGAUGGUUGCACGGAUUACGUAGAAACCAUGGCUUCAGAACUGGUAACGGAGAAGGGAGCAGUCCCUCAGACAGAUAUUUGGGCGAUUGGCGUGACGGCUUUCAUCAUGCUGAGCGCCGAAUAUCCCAUCAGCUCCGAGGCUGCCUGUGACUUCGGAAGGCUGGUCAAACGAGACAAAAUCCGACUCAACAAAUGUUACGCCGGCCUUUCGGGGGGAGCCAUCAACUUUCUCCAAAGCACGCUUUCCUUGAAUCCAUGGAGAAGACCAACAGCCACAGAAUGUCUUCAGUCUUCGUGGCUGCAGGAGACCGGCUUGGACGAACACCAACAAGCCACGGUGACCUUCUCCACCACCAAGCUGAGAAAUUUUGUGGCCGAACGUGAAAGGAAAAGAGUCCUCCUCUCUUCAAAGUAUGGUGUGACGGCCGUGUAGACAACAAAGCCACCUUCACACAAUCUCUUUCUGGCUUUCCGUGGCUCCCCGCUAAGCAGCACAUUGCCGAGCAUUCAGAAGUGUGCAGGCUGAGACAUUUAUUAGGAUCGCGGAAGAGAAGAGGCCACAGCCACAACAGAGGGAUGCAUUUUAUUUAUUUUAUAGUAAGGUUCUUCUCAGUUCCUCAACAAAGUGGAAUAAUUAACAGAUUGGACAAAGUGAAAGUUGGGUGAUUCCUAAGGGAUUAUCUUAAACCUGAAAGAUUAUCUCUUUCCAAAAGCAAUUUAAACAUGGAGGCAACCCACAGAAGGAGCUUAUGAAAUCUCUGGCUUAUUUUAUUUUAUUUUUUUGCAAAAAAAA